GCGGUCUGGACCAGUAUAAAAGCCAGUCCAAGAGCAGGCUCCCUCAUCCACUUCUCUUGCCUUCUCCUCCUUGGUGAACAAGGUGCACCUCCGUCGCGCAGCCAUGUCCUGCUACGAUCUGUGCCGCCCCUGUGGCCCAACCCCGCUUGCCAACAGCUGCAACGAGCCCUGUGUCAGGCAGUGCCAGGACUCCCGGGUGGUGAUCCAGCCCUCUCCCGUGGUGGUGACCCUGCCCGGACCCAUCCUCAGCUCCUUCCCCCAGAACACCGCUGUGGGAUCCACCACCUCCGCUGCCGUUGGCAGCAUCCUGAGUGAGGAGGGAGUGCCCAUCUCCUCCGGAGGCUUUGGCCUCUCUGGCCUUGGUGGCCGCUACUACGGCAGAAGGUGCCUGCCCUGCUAAAGGCGGGCUGGACGUCCAGCGAGUGCAUCGACCAGGAAGCCCAAAGCCAGGUGCUGGACUGAGGACGGAGCUGCUGGCCAGGGUUUCCGGAGGGCUUGAGCGG